CUGCUUUGCUGUUCUGAUCAUGCAGACCUUAACUCGCUAGUGCUAAACAUGUAUUUAUAAUAGCAUUUCUCUGUACAGAACCCUUUCUGGGCUCACAUAUGAGCCUUGCAGAACUAUAGAUCACAGGCUUGUUUUUCCCCUUCCUGGUUUUUAUUCUGGCCGAAAGUACCAGCAAUAAGUGAAAUUAGAUACAGACAUUUUUAAAUAUUUGUUGAAAUGAUGUAGUGUAGUGACAGGAGUGCAGCGUUGGUGCAAAGGUUCUUAAUGAGUGCCACCGUGUGUAUUUUGUGUAGAGUGGGGCCUGCUUUCCAUAGUAACUGAGUGUUUUAACCCUGAUCGGUAAUAGGGAGACUGCUGUAAUUGCUUUCCCCAUGGGGUAAAGAACAGUGUGAGAGUGUGUACGAGAGAGGAGAGCACACGUUUGUCACCUCUCUUAGUCCCCCUCCUCCUACUGUCUGAUCUAUCAGUCUGCUUCUCCUCAAUACAGACCACCUGGUUCCACAUUACUAUGGAGAGACUUGCACAAUCUUGCCAUUAUUUUGAUUGUAGUUUUAUCCCGUCAUGAUCAUGAAAAGAACUGGCAUGGUUAAAGAUACAGAAAGCUGGAAGGCUGAAUGGAGCUAAAUUAGGCAAGCCCGACUUGCGGCCCUCCACUGCUGGACUAAAACUACCAGCAUCCCCAGCAUAUUAAGUAUAUGAUUAUUUCUAGUAUAUUUAAUUAUUACUGAUAUUGAGCAGGUUCAUUUAAAUGUUUAUGCAGCUUAUAUGUUUCUGUUAAACAGUCACGACUACAUUUCAGAUCUUCCACUACAGUCCAAAUUAUUAUUAUUGUUGUUUAACUUUAAAUUGGUGUAAAUAGGCCAAACCAACAACAGAAUAUAGUAAGGAAUCUGCACAGAGUUUGCUUUAAUAAUACAACAACAAAUGAGCUUUAUUAGUUGCCCUACAUUAAAGCCAAGGCAUUAUGUUCUCCACUGUGGCCUAGUAGGUAGAAAGACAGGCCUGGAGUAUUUGGCAGACAGACUGCUCCACCCCACAGUGCUGGGUUCUGUCCUCGCUGCUUUUACCCUGCCCUCCUGGAGAACAGUAUGAUCCAGUCUGCUCCUUCCAGAAACACUUUUUUAAAAGUAGCAGUAGGCAUUUUCAAAACGUUUCUCAUACUUGCACAAAGCAAGGGGAGUUUAGGAGCAAGCACAUUAAUUGCACAUGCAAUUAAGGCAAUACAUGUAAAAUACUAAACUAUAUUGUGUUAAGAGGCUUAGCUCAGUUAAAGCAGAUCUACUUUGGAAGGGGCUGUUUCUUUGCUUAAUGUAAUUUCAAGAAUUAAUGGCACUGAAAUUAUUGCUUGGAUUUAGCAGGUUGUGAUUUUAGAAUAGAACCGUGGUUGAAGAAUGCACAGGUAUGCCUAUAUUGUAGUGGCCUCCAUUUUUUCAUAUGUUAAAAAUAUUAUAGAAAAACAACCCAGAAAAGGACAGAUGGUAUUGAAUCGUGCGAGCUGGCGAAACAAGAAGUAUUUUUUUCUGCACAACGCACUUCAAGGCUACAGAUCUGCUAGAGCAUUUAAAAAUCUCUAGAAUUGGGUCAUUCUCUCUCUAAAUGACGUGGAACCAUAUGACAGUCUUAUCUCAUCUGAGAUGUAGCUGUACAUAAAUGCUUACAGUGUGGAAGCUCACUCGGAAGGACGAUCAUUGUUUUCUUAUUGCCUUGUUUGUACAAUUGUCUGCCGGGGAGUGUAGUUCAUAGUACGAUUAUGAAGCUCCAUGAGUAAGCAAAGCUGUGUCUGUGUGUAUGUGUGUGUGUGUGUAGUGUAGUGUAGUGUAAAGUUCCCUCCUCCCAGUGGGUGAGUACAGAGUCAGGCGUAGCUGGGAGGAGGAUGCGGUGUGUGUGAAAGGAGACAGGGCCUCGGGGGGGAAAUGCAGCCUGGUUUUGAAAGGACAGACGGGUAAAAGACUUUAAGCAGAUCCUGUGAAAUAAGAGUGUGGAUGAAGUUGUCAAGUACAGCCUGAAUCCCUAAGGCUUUUCUCAGACACGGACUAGAGGCCUGUACACUACCCAUACCCAGUGACUUUCUCUGACAGAACAGUGGAUGCAAGAAAAAAGGUCAAGGAUAUUUUGUAGUGCAGUUGAAGAGAAGACGUUGUGGCAACUAAGGAAUCUUUCAAGCAACUGUCUGGCGGCAGCUAUGGUGGUAGAGAAGCCUCGUGAACUAUCUACAUGCACAAGUUAUGCCAAGAAAUAAAACUAAGACUGUUUAAUGAAGAAGCUGGACCUUCCUCUAUUUGAAACUUAGAAACAAAUCCAUCAAACAGGCAUUGAUAUAUACAUAUAGAUCUGUGUGUGAAAGAAGAGCACACUGGAAACCAUCAUAAGAGACACCCAUGAAAAAGACUGCAGAACACUCUCAGUGAAUGUCAUUUCACAUCAACUGUUGGAAGAUUGUGCUCCCAGGGAGAUGAUUCCUCAUGAAGUCAUUGGGCUCUCUAACAGAUUUAAAUGUGACUUUCCAUUCACCAGACUGAAAUCAGCAUCAGUCAGACAGUGAGCAAGCCGUGGUGGUUGGCGGUGGUGGCAGAGAGCAAAACAUGAAAUCUAAUCAAGAACGAAGCAAUGAAAGCCUGCCACCAAAGAAACGUGAAAUACCCGCCACCAGUCGACCUUCUGAAGAGAAGACUGUCGGACUGACAAAUGAAAACCACCGCACAAAUAGCUUAUCGUGGCUCCCAUCCAAGCCCAGCAGUGACCUUGGUGCACGCCAUCAUGGGCCUCCAGGAACUUCAGCUGAAACUGGUUUACAAAAGGGAGGAAGUUUACAUAAAUCACUUUCUACGAGUAUGGACUAUUCUCCCACUAGUACUACAAGAUCGGUACCAGUUGCAACAACAGUUCCUGCCAAUUAUCAAACUGCUCAGUCUUUGUCAGGGGCAUCUGUGUCUCCUGUGCAAUAUGCUAAUGUGCCCCAAACCUACCAGUUCAUUGGGCCACCAUAUAGUGGACCAUCAUAUGCAGGAUUCAUAAAUUCACAGCUAAUUUCGCGUACAUCAAAUUCUGGAUCCAGUGCAGUGUCCUCCAUGCCAGUAGGUGUUACAACUCCAACCCAGCGAUCCCAGAUGGAGGCUUUUUCCAGUAUGCAGGGACAUAAAAUAGAACCACAUCUAGAUCGGACACUAGGAUUGGUUACUGCAGGGUCACCUACUCAGCCAAGUCAAUAUGUCCAUAUUUCCAGCUCAUCACAGAGCACAGUCAGAACUCUCUCGCCACCUGUUCAUUUACCUACUCACUCUACAGUGAUUCCGAAUACACUGACACUAGGUGCACCUUCCCAGGUGGUUGUGCAGUACUCAGAUUCAGGAGCUCAUUUUUUUGCUAGGGACCCUACAAAGAAGGAAGACAAUUACAGGUCACAGACCAAGGAGUUAUUGAAUGGAGAAAUAGAGAAAGUUCGAAGAUUUGGAGUCCCUUGUACUGCAGAUGCACAGUUAAUGAAAGCAGGCAAUAAUAAACCAGCUUCCCAACAUUAUGAGACAAGACAUGUAGUGGUGCACCCUAGUACUGAUUAUAGUACUCGGGAUCCCUCAGGAGUUCGGACCUCAGUCAUGGUAGUGCCUAGCAGCAACACUGCCACAGACAUGGAUGUCUCACAGACCAUUAAGAGAGAAACCUCACCUUCAACUCAUAACAAGGGAAGCAUACAUUUAGGAAAGCCAACCCAUCGGUCCUAUGCUUUAUCCCCACAGCAAACUUUAUGCCCAGAUGUUGUAAAAACUGUGGCCACAUUAUCUCCUCACACUGUCAUUCAGACAACUCACAGUGCAGCAGAACAACUUUCUGUUGGUUUGCCUGCUGCUUUUUAUGCGGGUACACAACAGCCAGUCAUUGGCUAUCUCAGCAGUCAGCAGCAAACCAUUGGCUACCCUGGAAAUUUGCCACAUCACUUGGUGUUCCCUGGCACCCAACCCUUACUUAUACCUGUUGGCAAUCCAGACAUUGAAUCAUCUAGGGUUGGGGUUACACCUGGUAUUGUGACAUCAUCUCCCCAGUUUGCAGCAGUGCCUCAUACAUUUGUCACUACGCCCAUUCCUAAAGGUGAAAACUACAGUGCUGAAACACUGGCAACUCAAACUGCCUACCAGGCUGCAUUGGUCCCAGCUCAAAUCCACCUCCCUGUUGUACAGUCUGUUGCUUCUCAUAUUGCAACUGCCUCUACACUGCCCCCUUACUUUAUGAAAGGGUCAAUCAUUCAGCUGGCCAAUGGUGACCUAAAGAAAGUAGAGGAUUUAAAAACAGAUGACUUCAUACAAAGUGCAGAUAUUAGCAACGACUUGAAAAUAGACUCCAGCACUGUGGAGAGAAUUGAGAACAGCCAUAAUCCAGGCAUAGCGGUGGUGCAGUUUGCUGUGGGAGAGCACCGGUCACAGGUCAGUGUCGAAGUCUUGAUAGAAUAUCCAUUUUUCGUAUUUGGUCAAGGCUGGUCCUCCUGCAGCCCUGAAAGAACAAACCAGAUGUUUGAUUUGCCAUGUUGCAAGUUGUCAGUGGGAGAUGUCUGCAUAUCACUAACACUCAAAAAUCUGAAAAAUGGCUCGAUAAAGAAAGGCCAGUCCAUGGAUUCGGCUAACUUCUUGCUGAAGCACCCAAAGAAUGACAGUUUAUCUGGAAACAGUCACAGGUAUGCAGAACAAGAGAAUGGAAUUAAUCAGGGAAGUUCACAGAUGGCAUCUGAAAAUGGUGAACUGAGAUGUCCAGCAGCAUUGAAUGCAGCCAAACUAGAACCUGGUAAGCCUCUGGCAACAAGGAAGAGGAGGUGGUCUGCCCCAGAAACACGAAAAGUAGAGAAGUUUGAAAAAGAACCACCAUUGACUCUUCCCAAGCCUUCUUUUAUUCCUCAGGAGGUUAAAAUUUGCAUUGAAGGUCGAUCUAAUGUAGGCAAGUAAAAUGGUUUUAAGAAUAGAAAUUAGGCAUACCCGUGUCAUUUUUAUUCAGAUUUCUGUACUGUAGAAUAAAUAACCCAGUAUUUACAUGUUAUCAUCUUAUUUUAGGUUUAUGUUAUAACAUUGUUAUAGUGGCGGCUGAUAUACUUGCAGGAGAUUGUUGGUGCAUAUGUUUUUCCCACAAGUGUUUGUAAGUAGCUAGUUUUUAGCAGAGUUACUACAGGGGAAAAAAUAGCUUUCUGCAUUGAUGAUGAAGAGGAAUGUAUUAAAGUGGCUCCUGUCAUCUUCUUACAGCAUGCCACGUUCAACUAAAACAAGAUUUUCCAUUUUUUAGAGGAAUACAAGGGAAAUGCAGAAAGAAAAGAGAUAUGAGUGUGCGUUUCUGGGGAUGCUUACAUAUUGAUCUGUGGGUCUGUCUCUUGUGGAGAGAGAUAAGACAAUGUGUGUAUUCUGGGGUCUCUGGCAUAACAAAAAUGUAGAAUCAGAGGUUGAGUUUGGUCAAUGUCUCAGUGGGGCUCAAGUAAUUCUUCAUGUUCACAUUUCACUUCACCUGCCCAGCAUACUUUGCAAUUCCUGCCUGCCAACACUUUUCUUGGUAUGAUGCAAGUGAUGCCGUUAAUGGCCAUUUUAAUUUAUAAACAACUUGGCCAAUGGCACUGAACACUACCCUAAGGGGCAGAUUUAUCAAGGGUUGAAUUUCAAAGUAAAAAAUACUUCGAAAUUCGACCAUCAAAUUGAAAUUUGAUUUGGGUAUUCUGCGGUCAAAGUAAAUUUUUCCGUUUUCACAUUUUUCUGUUAAAUAAUAAAAACCACCAGAAGUCUGAAUUUUUUGGGUAGUGUGAAAUGCAGAAAAAAAAAGCAAACAUAUUUGGGGGCAAUCAACCAUGUAUAAUAAUUCAAAUUUGAAAAAUACACUGGAUUUUUAAAUCACAUUUUAAAAAAGUCAUUCUAAACAUACAUGGAUUCCAAAUUAUGAUUAAAUUUUUUUAGAAAAAAGGUUUUUUUUGACUAAAUGCAAAAUCUACACAGAGAAUUGGGAAUAUUUCAACCGCUUUCUUCCCUAAUUGCACAAAUUAACUUCAGGGGAACACGCAAAGGUUUCCUAUUCGAAAUGUCAAACUUUUGUGCUGUGAAAAAUGAUUUCAUAUACCUUUAUGUUGUUUCUCUUUUUUUCAAUCUCAUUACUGAUGGUAUAGCAUGAGAAAUUCUCACUGGCAAGGCAGAAUAAUAUGACAAGCUGUGGAGGCUGUUGUUAAGGGUCAUAUUGUUCUAGUGAAUUCCUAAGAGGGCAAAUAUUUUUUAACCAUGGGCAUGUGUUUUCUAAAGUUUAAGCACAAUGCCUCUGGAGCACUAACAUGAAUAGUUUGCACCUUGGAUGCAAAUCUUUUGUGUUUUUAACUCUAGUACUGUUUUAGACAUUUACUAAUUGGUGCCACUUUUUUAAAGUUGUUUUUUGUUGUUAUUAUUAUUUGUGACACAACAAAGAAUUAGGACUGGGGGAGGGAAAUGAGAUUGUCUAAUAGGCACUUAAAUCGCUGUUCACACUUUAUUGACGAGCAUCUUGGUCUAAUGUUUGUCUAGUACUGUAUCUCACUUUUAAUCUGUGUAUUUAAACAAAAGAAAAAACUCUUCAACACUGAAACCAUGUACAUUUGAAUUGCUUCUUGGAGCAAGAUGUUGAACGUUUUCAUGUGGUUUCAAAGGGAUGAAUGUAAACCUUGACCCAGGAUGUGACCGUUAUUGUCCCACAGGACUACUUUUCAGAAGGCACUUUUAAAAAAAAAAAAAAAAGAAAGAAAGAAUGAAAGAGUUAAAGUCAUAUGUUAGCUGACACGAAAAAGGAGAGUGAUAGGGAAACUUUAAGCUAGGUAGAAAA